CAGAAAUUAAUGGCCAUGAGUUCGUAUAUGGUGAACUCUAAGUAUGUGGAUCCCAAAUUUCCUCCUUGUGAGGAAUAUUUGCAGAAUAGCUACCUAGGCGAGCAGGGGGCCGAGUACUACAGUGCCUCACAGGGCUCUGAUUUCCAGCACCAGGGACUCUACCCACGGUCAAACUACAGCGAGCAGCCCUUUAGCUGUAGCAAUGCCCAAGGCUCUGCCGUGCAGCCGCGGGGUCAUGGACAGGAGCAAUCCGGCCCAGCGAGCCACUUCCCCGGCCAAGCAGAGCAUUGUCCACCGCCUCCAAUGUCCAACUCGCGAGCCUGCAGCCAGCAGCCGGCCCUCAAACCCCCAAAUGGGUCAGCAGUUAAGCAGCCAGCAGUAGUUUAUCCCUGGAUGAAGAAAGUCCAUGUUAACUCGGUGAAUCCCAAUUACAACGGAGGGGAACCUAAACGCUCCCGCACAGCUUACACCAGACAGCAAGUCCUAGAACUGGAAAAAGAAUUUCAUUUUAACAGGUACCUGACCAGGCGCCGCCGUAUCGAGAUAGCCCACACUUUGUGUCUCUCUGAGCGCCAGAUCAAGAUCUGGUUUCAGAACAGAAGAAUGAAGUGGAAAAAAGAUCACAAACUGCCCAACACGAAGGGCAGGUCUUCUUCCUCUGGUUCAAACCCCCAUUUACAGACUGGUUCCAAGGACCACCAGACUGACUUGACAACUUUGUAGAAGAGGUGAAAUUUUCCAUUUCAUCCUUUGCUUCUGACCAGUACUGUACAUAACUGACACUGCCCAAGCAGAACCUGCAUGUAGCAGCUAAGGACUCGAGAAACUGUCAUCUUUCUUUAAGGUACUGUUGUACAAAGGAGACAAAAUGACGCUACU